AUGCUGAGGCGGCAGCGGCCGCUGCUCGAGGUGAGUGUGGUGCGGCGCGGUCCCGGGCUCGCUGGCCUUCGGCCGCCCAGGAGGGCCCUGGCGGCAAGUCCUCGGGCCGGGCGGACGGGGCGUCCUGUCGCGGCGGCCGCCUCCCCACCCCGCGGCUGGUGGGGGGCGGGCGGCUCAGCCCUUCCUCCUCGCGUCCCCCGAGAAGCUGGAGGCGCGUGGGGGGCGACUAGGCCCCGCGACGCCGGGAAGCCCUCGCUCCGGCCUGGGCAGCGGGGCGGCCGGGUGUGUGGAGCCGGGGGCUGGCAGGGUCGCUGGCAACCUUUGGAUUGGCCGCGGGCCGGGGAAAGCGCAGCCUCUUACCCAGGGCCCCGCACGUACAUCCCGGAGGGAGGCAGAGGACGCCUGUUUGCGAACAGCCUGGGCUUCUCCGCGCCCGGUGCUGAGUCCCGCAGAGUCCCGGGGGGAGGGGCGGGAGGGCACGGUGAGGGAGCCCGCGCCGAAAGUGCGGGGCCGCGAAAGCCCUUGGAACUCCUGGAGUGUCAUUCCCCCACCUGA